CUGAGCUGCCUCUGAGCAACUGUUCACUUGCGGACCACUUGCAGCCCUCUGGAAUUGCCGAAGGGGACAAUAUUCGCAAGCGUGCGGUGCGCAGUACACGAUGCACGCGUUGUUUGUUCCAGCGUGGUUGGCCCUCACGUUCUUUGUCACGGCUGCGGAAGCGUGCGGCGGCAGGAUCGAGGCAUUGAGUGGGACCAUCACGAGUCCAUCGUUUCCGGACCCGUACCGGCACUACAUGAACUGCGUCUGGGAGAUCACUACCGGCUACCCGACUACGCUGAGCUUCACUCACUUUCACCUUCGAGAAGGGUACGGUGACUAUGAGCAAAACUGCGAUUACGACCAUGUGGAAAUAUUCAGCAAGAAGGGCGACGGCACAAGCCGGAAGCACGGGCCCUUCUGCGGCUCCUCUCUGCCACCCACUAUCACCUCCGAGGGCGGUAUGAGCAUUCACUUCCAGUCGGGCCGCUCGAACCAGGACAGCGGCUUUGCGGCGACUUUUUUCGCAGGGCCAAGUUUCCUCUUGGACGCGCCCCAGUUCACCAGCCUGACCAAUCCGAACGGCUCCCUACUGCUUUCGUGGACGUGGAGCGAAGCGCCGAGCACUGAGCUGGCGGGAUACCAUUUACGCGGUGCUUCCUCUGACCACAAUUUUCAGACAACGCUGUCGCCCUCGCUGAGUAGCUACACCACUGAUUGCCUCAGAGGAUACACCGAAUACAAGAUUACGCUGCAGCCAUUCUACAACCUCAACGGCGAGCCUGAAGUUGGGAAAUCAGCAGAGUUGAUCGUGCGAACCCCAGCUACUGCUCCGGGUGCACCGACGAAUAUUGUGCGACAGUCGCAGCCGCGUAUAACACAGGAUGGUGCUGGACAACUGGCCAUAACCAUCCUCGAACCAAUGUCUUGGAACUCCAGUCCAUUCGGCUUCCGUCUGCGAUGGGAACCCAAUGAACAAAGCAACGAAUCUGCGAAGGAUUUCUAUUUGUCUCCCUGUCAAUUAGGACGCAAGAAGGACUUAAACGUCACCCUGUAUUUGAAGCCUGGACGUGAAUACACACUGUUUGCCAGUGCACGUGGGGUCGGAGACUUCGGGGAAGUCCUUAUAGGCCCCGAGACUUCGGUGGCAAUGGAAACUACUCCUCUGGCUCCCGCUAACUUGUCGGCGAAGAACAUUGACACAACCAGCGUUAUCAUUUCAUGGAGCGCUGCGAGUCCUGCGCGAACGUUUGAGAUUUAUCGAUCCUUUGGCACGCCACAGCGCGCAUGCGAAGUCGAACAGUGCCCCUAUGACGACAAUUCGUACACGGAUGACCGAUACUCUUUUGACGGCAGACGCCUCGAAACGCCGACUGUGGUGGUCGACGGAAGUUCACAGGAAUCGUCAUCCUACAGUCUGCCCCUGUCCAACUUAUUGUCGUCUGUGAAGUACACCGUCAAAGUGAAGGCGUGUGGUGUCGAAGUAUGCAGCACCGAGACAAACAUGACUUUUACAACUCCUCCUUCAGCGAUUCCCACACCUAUAAUCACAACAAUCCUAUCUAAUGACACCAAUUCCCUCUACUUGGAAUGGAACAUCACUCUGCCGCGGCACGCGGCAGAGCUGAACCCGGAGUUCGAAGUGAAAGUGAAGACGAAUGGCUUCUACCGGCUCGUCCAGACGGUCGAGAAAGCGAUCACGAUAGGGAAUCUCAGCUCAGACACAGAGUACGAAGUUCAGGUGCUGCUUUCUCUGGAGACGACGCCGGGAAAACGACAGUACGGCCGCCCUGCAAGAGCCACCGUAAACACUUGGCCUCUCGUUCCUCUAGCCCCAACAUUGUCCACAAGAGGAUUCCAGUCCGGACCAGAAAUAGCGGUUGUUUCAUGGAGUUUUUUCAACAGCACCGUUACGCAUUUAGAGGUGUCGACGAACUACAGCAACUGGUUGAAUUGCAAUGACUCGAUGAUGUGCGACGAGGUCGUGCUACAUGGCUGGAACUCCUCCUUUAAAGCGGGAUUUGUCAAGAUCUCGGAGCUUAGACCGCACACGACCUACUCACUGUCAGUGAGAGGCUGCAACGACCUAGGAUGCGGUGAUGCAAACUCAGUGGUUAUCACAACCGACAUGUCAGAGCCGAGUGAGCCCAUUAGCCUGACAGUGAAUGCAGCAGAAGAUGGUUCUUCGGCUCAGCUCGAGUGGAAGGCGCCGGAUGAGCCAAAGGGUCCGCUGACUGGCUACGUGGUCUCCUGGCAAUGUGACCAGGACCAUCUCAUGACUGACACUACAGAGGAAUCCUUCUUUGCCAUCGCCGGUCUUCCUGCCGCGGCCCAGGAGUGCACCUUCUCAGUGUCCGCUUUCAACGUGGCGACUGACGAGCGGCAACUGCGCGGAAAAUCUGCCACUCUUGUGACGCCUUGGCCACCCCACAAGUGAUAUCAUGGCCACGGCUACUGCGGUGUUUUACAUGCGCACGCUGUGAACGUCGGUUAAAAUGCCCAUGGCAAUCACUACUACAAUACACGAAACAAAAAAAUAAAAAAAAAGUGUUUCCAUUGCUUUUUACCACACGUUUGAGUCGAUGUGAAUAAUUUGUGAUUGUUACCGCACGCGAUCGCGUCCU